AUGGCCUCCAUUGUCCAGGACUCUGUUGUGCAGCUUAUUCAACAGCGGCUCUUGGCUGUGUUGUCGCCUCAUCUUCAGCCCAUGGCCCUCUUUGUAGGAAGGCUUCAGUGCCCUCACUCCUGUUUACUCAUCACUUUGAAGCUGCAGAGGUGUUUUGCGGUUCUAUUAUUUACCCUAAUUCUAUCACUCUGUUCUCUUACAGUUCCCUGUGUUGGGCAAAGUGCCUGGCUGUACCUCCGAGCCUGGCCAGACCCCGUGUUUGAGGGAGAUGCCCUGACUCUGCAAUGUUAUGGAUCGACGAACAAGGCCCUGUCCCAGGUGAAGUUCUACAAAGACGGAAGAUUACUCCAAACCCCAAAGACCAGAUGGUCCCUGUCCGUGGGGACAGCUACCCUGGAAAGCAGCGGCCAGUACAGCUGCUCUGGGAAGGUGGCCUACGUCCCAUACCUGGGCAGACAAACCUCAGAGCUGGUCAAGGUUCAAGUCCAAGAGCCGUUCCCGCCUCCUGUGCUGAGCGCUGUCCCCUCUCCCGAGCUCCGUGAGGGGAGCCUGCUGAUCCUGAGAUGCCAGACGAAGCUGCACCCCCAGAAGUCGGCCUCGAGGCUCCUCUUCUCCUUCCACAGAGAUGCCAGCACCUUGCAGGACUGGGGCCCCCACACGGAGCUCUGCCUCCCAGGAGCCCAGGAGAGAGACUCUGGGCUUUACUGGUGCCAGGCCACCCUUGAGGGUGGUGUGGCCCAGAAACAGAGCCCCCAGCUGGAGGUCAGGGUGCAGGUUCCUGUGUCCCAGCCUCUACUCACCCUGAGACCUGGCCCCACCGGCCUCGCUGUGGGGGCCAUGGUGGAGCUCCUCUGUGAGGCCCAGAAGGGCUCCCCUCCAAUUUCGUACUUGUUCUACCUGGACGGGAAGAUCCUAGGGAACAUCUCAUCUCCCUAUGGAAGAGCCACCUGCUUCCUGGUCACCGUGACGUCAGAGCGGGAUGCCAGAUACUCCUGCCGGGCAGAGAAUUAUGUUUCCGGAGAGACCAGUGAGCCCCAGAUACUCUCCCUGGAUGGUACGUCUUCACUCAUGGUCACCCCUACUUGGGGCUUGUCUGCCCCCAACAGCCCCCACUGGCUGGUUGCCGGGCUGUCCGCGAGCCUGCUUGGUGUGCUGGUCAUCGCCACUGCGCUUCUGGCUUGCUUCAGACCCUGGAGAAAAGCUGAGUCCCUUCCAUCUCAGAAUCCACCCCCAGCCCCCGGUGGAGAGCAGGACCUACUGUAUGGUGAAGGUAAGUCCCUCCAGCAGGACCAUGCAUGGUCUGUCCCGGAAGGCAGAGGAGGGCCUCUGAAGGGGAGCAAGAAUGAGCCCCCGGGAGCCCCCAAGUCUCAGGAAUCAGUCAUCGGGGAAGGAAGUGGAUGGUUUCUGGGGAGAGCUAGAGGGGACAGUGCUGCGAAGCCGGUGGAGGCACAGGGAGCCGGGCCUGCUGCCUCAGCCUCGGGGACUCAGGAAAGUUCUGUCAUAUACACGGAGGUGACGCAAUCACAGCUUGGUGAGCUUCCAGCCGCGAAACGGAAUCCGAGAAGCAGGACCCACAAAGCCCUCCCUGGCCACUUCGAGGAGGUUCUCCACUACUGA